GGCUGUAACCAGCAACAAGGGGAAGGAGAAAAUGAUUGAUUUACAAGCUAAAGGGACCGAUAUGUGGGAGUUGCCAUUGAGAUACCAUAAUAAGGGGGUUACUAUCGCCUUCCCACCAAGACCCGCACCUCAAGUCCAUGAAAAUGCCAUGAUUUCCAAAUCUAAAGAUCAAUCAUCUACGGAUGUGAGGACAGUAAUCAAAAAACGAAAGAGGAGAAAUAAGCAGCAAAAUAUUGUUGUACUUGAACCUUCUUCUUGGAACAGGAUCUGUCCACAAGAUGUGGUUGACGCUGGAAUGCAUCUGAAUCCAGCAAAAAAGAAGCAUUCUGCUUGGUUCAGUUUAACUCCUUCCUGUGAUCAGAACAGAAAGAACACUCUGCAACUUCUAGUGGAACCAUACUUACAGAUAAUCAUGGAGGGGAACUGUAAUCCAGAUGUGUCUAUUCUCAUGAAUAUAUCGCGUUGCAACUUAAGCAUGUUCGCCAACAGGAGGUUGGUAUUUUCUUGAACGGGAAACUUCUUGCCCCGGAAAUGAAGCUACUUGAUGUGGUGAAGCAGUGGAUGGCUUUUGUUGAUUCAGAGAGGAAAAUAACCAAGAUAGGAAGUUCUGCCGAGAACUUCUGUAUGAA